CUUACGCUUGUUGUGGGCCGAGCGGUCAGGACGUGUUUUACCAAGAUCACAGCCAGUCUUUGUUGAUACAUUUCACCCAGUUUUGUCCUUGGACCACAUGAAUUUCACAUUUCACUGGACAUGCUGUGGCGUAUCUUAUGCGUACUUCUUGGUCGAAAUGAAGUCAAAGGUGCUGUUCCGUGUUCUCAGACGACACAAUUUCCUGACAGGAAAGAUAAGACUGGUACUGUUUCGUAUUUUUAGGCGACAUAGACUAAGGGGUUUCAUUGGAUUGUCUAUCUUGGCGAUCAUUAUUUUACUUUCCAUAGUAAAACUCAAACACAAAGUAGGCGAAAACCAAAGCCUCUUGAAAUUCCAAGAAAUGAACGGUCCCUUAGUGUUUAAGGUAAGUCAGCGAUCUCAGUCGUGGGAGGUUUUCACGGAAGGCAACAUCCGUCAAACAGGAGCUAUUUUCCCGAGGAACUCGAAACCACCAAUAACCACCAGGUCUCCUUAUUUGAUUCCCAACCAGAAGAUUUGCUCAGGAAUUCUUGCCUUAACUUAUGUGAUUGUAGUUCAUUCUGCACCCAGAAAUGUUGACAGGAGAUUGAGCCUUCGUCGGACUUGGGCCAAUCAGACCCUUUUCAAACACACCAAAAGUCGGACUGUGUUCCUUCUUGGGAGACCAGCAGACCACAGUCUCCAAAAAGGCAUUUAUGAAGAGAACAACAGGUUUGGUGACAUCGUCCAAGGAACAUUUACAGACGUCUACCAAAACUUAACAUUAAAAGCAGUCCUGGGUUUGAGGUGGAUCACGGAAAACUGCCGCCAGGCCAAAUUUGUCAUCAAAGCCGACGAUGACGUGUUUAUCAACAUCCCUGAGGCCAUGGUUCACGUGUUCCCUAUAUUGGCCCAAAACCAAAGGGAGAUAAUCUGCCUGGUAGAGCCGCACGGGCCCAUUGGCAGGUUACCUGGUCACAGAUGGGCGGUAUCGCAUGAAUACUUUAGCGGGCUUAGCGAAUACCCAAUGCCAUUUUGCUACGGAUUUGCUACAUUUUAUACGGUGCGAAUGGCGAUGGAAUUGUUCGAGAGAGCUAAAAUCACACCGUUCUACAAGAUGGAUGAUGUUUAUGUGUAUGGAAUCCUGGCCAGUCAGAUAAAGGGCGUCACCUGGCGCAAUGCCAGAGAAGUGUUCGUCAGAGGAGACUGGGAGCCCGCGUCCAAUGUUUUCAUCGUGUUCAGAACUGUUCUCGUGAGUUUGUUGCGUUCAGACGAAGACAUGCAUCAGUUAUGGAACCGUUUUCUCUGAAAUCAAUAUUCUAAAUGCCCAAAAGCGCUUCACGACCACAAACCGAUUUUGUAUGGGUUUAUAUGUAUUGUUUCUAUACCCUUUUUUGCUCUAUGGCAGGAUAUUGUGUAUAAUACUGACAUGAAGCAUGUUUAAACAUAAAGUGCUGUGGACAACACUUUAUGAUAUUACAUAUAUUUUCCACGUUGUUUUGAUGCUAACUGUAACUGCAUAUACGGGUAAUUGUACCGGAUGACGGCUUGAACUGUGUUCUGGACACUAGAGUUAACAGAUUUCUGACACUAGAGCUAACCGGAUUUACCAUGAAUAGUCUUCUGUUCUGCUGAAUAUUCUUCUGUUGGAUAUUUUUUUUUGUUCUGUUGGAUAUUCUUCUGUUCUGAUGAAUAUUCUGUGUUCUGUUGAAUAUUUUUCUUUUGAAUCUUCUUCUGUUUUGUUGAAUAUUCUUCUGUUUUAAUGAAUAGUCUUCUCUUCUGUGUAAUAUUCUUCCGUUCUGUUGAAUAUUCUCAUUAUUCAGGAGGCUUGCACCGAAUAAACAUUAAACAGUGUUUAGUAUUUUCUGUUUAUUUCACCAUCGAAACAUCGCCAAAUGCGUGUGAUGUCAGUAAAACUUUCUAGGGUUGAUCAUGGAUCAUGGGUUGAUCAUUGGUAGUACACAACAUUACCUUAUCAAUGACACCACAGUCAAUACUGCCAAUAGGUUCGCCUUAUCGUCACGAAUUCGGUGUAAUGUCACUUUAACAUGUAAUGACACUUUUACAGCGCUGUCGUAACACUAGAUCUAACGCAUUUACCAUGGUAACCUAUCUCUUACGUAUAUAUCGUCACUAUAAUUACACCAAGCGUAAUUUGUGACAUCUGGGUAAAACAGUCCCAGAGAGUUAAACAGGAAACCAACAGCGUGUAUUCACAUUUAUUUUGACAAUCCUAUGUUACGUGUUUGAGAUACUUCCUUUUGCUUCCUCGCGACCUCCUGCUGCACACUGAUAAAUGUUGCAGACUGCACGCACUACUGCAGAGUAAGCAUAUGCAUAAUAGGCAUAUUUUUCAUUCAGUAAAUCUACCAGUUUAUUGUAUUUCCACGGCAGCGUUCGUUGUUGUUUUAGAUAGGGUAGUGAGUGCAUUCUGCUUUCUAGAGUUAAGUGUUUGUCUAGAUAUGUUUUGUAUCAUAAACAGGAGAUAUUUUCAUUGAGUUUUGACUGAGAAGUUUGCAGAAUGUGGUAAUGAAUUUAUUUUCUUGUAAUUCAUUGACUUGGCUAAGCAUAUUGAUUGAAUGACUGGGGUGGUACAGUGAUUUGAAUGGUACAUAGCGCUGUUGUAUCAUAAUGUUAAGUAACGUGCUUUGAUUAUAUAAGGUAAGAGUUGUUCCCCCUGAAUUGACAUUUUUCUGGUUAAUCGAAUUUGAUUAAGCUACACGUAUUUUAUUACUUUCGUUAGUAUGCUAGAAAAUUUGAAUGCUUGUUUUAGUGGACGAUCUUCAUGUUACAUACCUUCACAAGAUAUGCGAUAUAAUGACAGUAUUUUUUUGUGUGAUUGGUAUUUAAUGUAAUAUAAUGGAGAAAUUUCGUUGUUUAUUUACAUACAUACAUAAUUUUCUUGGUAUAAUUGACUAUUGUUUGAUCUAACUACUUAUUAUAUAGUACUGAUGCGUACAAUGUGCAUUUGAUUUAACUCCGUAUCGCCGUUUUGAUAUACUGUAUUUCUCCAUUUUACAGAACUAAUAACCAGCUGCCGAACUGAUUAACGAACUCUCUGUCACGUCGCGCACGCCGAAUAAACUGUUCCUGAAAUAUUCUCUCCUGAAAUAUUGGGCAUUCAAUUGCCCUUCGAUUCCAUUUUAUUACAUACAACGCAAUGCUUGGCUCUAUGCCAAGUGCACAUUAUCUAGGUCGUGAGAUACCCCCAUCACGAGAGAGAAAGCGUUUGACUUCUGGACGGGUCUAUUGUAGUUCUAUGG